AUGUAUGCAUUGGGCUAUGCGCCAACAAGAACAUCUAGUGAUCAAGCAAUUGUUUUUGAUUGUCAACAUUCUGUUUGUCUUGAAUGUUUCAAAGAUUAUGCAAUUAGUAGUUUAAAUUCAAGAAAUUUCGUUUUUCAUCCAACCAUUGGUUAUACGUUAGGAUGUCUUGAACAAUGUCCGAAUACAUUGAUCAAAGAUUUACAUCAUUUUCAAUUGAUUGGAAAAGUAAAUUAUGAAAAGUAUAAAAAAUUCGCUGCUGAAGAGUAUGUUGUCAAUAAUGGUGGCCUGUUAUGUCCGACAGUUGGUUGUGGAUGCGGUUUGUUAAUUGAUGAUAAGGAAACUAACCGCAAAAUUGUUUGUCCUGAAUGCCAUACAACAUUUUGUCGUGAGUGUAAAAGUGUAUGGAAUGAUGAGAAACCGUGUUGCUUAGAUAGAACCACACUUAAAGAGAAUUAUUUACUUCCAUUACCGGACGAAAAAAAUCAAAUAAUGCAAACACAUGUUUAUGUACUUCAUGAGUGGAUGGAUUUUAAUUUUGUUUGGAAUCCAAAGGCUUAUGGAGGCGUUGAUAGAAUUCAAAUUCCCAGCGAUCAGAUUUGGAAACCAGAUAUAGUCCUUUAUAAUAGUAGGAGAGAAAAUGCUAUUAAAACAGCUGACAAUAAAUGUACACUGCUUUUUUCUGUUUUAAAAGAUGCCGAUGGUGACUAUCAGAUUACUACUAGAUCAAAAGCUGUGAUACGAUAUGAUGGACAAGUUCAAUGGAAUCCACCAAUGAUUUAUAAAUCUUAUUGUUCAAUUGAUAUUCAAUAUUAUCCAUUUGACAUUCAAAAUUGUACCAUGAAAUUUGGUACAUGGACAUAUCAUGGUUUAUUAGUCAAUUUAAUAUUUAUCACAGAAGAUAUACCUAUUAUUGAGCAAGGAUGGGAUUUGGAAGAUUUUCAACCGUCUAUUGAAUGGGAAAUUCUAAAUUUACGUGCCAUUCGUCAUGAAAAAGUAUAUCAGUGUUGUGUUGAAACUUUCAUCGAUCUGACAUUCACAUGUACUGUUCAAAGAAAACCAUUAUUUUAUAUUGUUAAUCUCAUUGUUCCAUGUGUAAAUAUAUCCGUAUUAGCAGUUUUAGUGUUUCUGUUACCAAGUGAUAGUCGAAAAAAGAUCACGUUAAGUAUAUCAAUUCUUGUUGCAUUACUUGUCUUCUAUUUAUUAUUAAUUGAAUUGAUUCCUCCUACAUCGUUGGUAAUACCAUUACUUGGCAAAUAUCUUCUAUUUACACUUGUUCUAGUCAAUUUAUCCAUUAUUCUCACCAUUAUUACAUUGAAUGUUCAUUUUCGACGAUAUCCAACAAAUUUAUUACCAAAAUGGUUACAUCGAUUUUUAAUUGGUUUUUUACCAAAAAUAUUAUCUAUGGAACGACCAAUAAAACUUACUAAAACAUCAGCAGACUAUAAUAAUAAAAAGUUUUCGUCAAGUUUGUCUUCAUGUAAAGAUCAUCUGGUAGAUGAAACAAUUUUUUCAGAUUUAAAUUGUAUGGAAAUGGUCGAAAGUAAUACAAAAACAUCAAUAGAUAAAAAAAAUAAAAAUAUAUCUUCUACAACAAAUGAUUAUCAACACUUACUCUCAUCAUUUUAUACGGAUAAAAGACGACAACAUUUGGCAAGAGUGACAGCUGAUCAUAUCGAUUAUAUUGCUGAACAAAUAAAAAAUGCGAAAGUGGAAAAAGAGAUCGCCGAAGAUUGGCGUUUUAUUGCGUUGGUUCUUGAUCGUUUAUUUUUAAUUAUAUUUGCAUUUGUUAGCGUUGUUGGCACGUUGAUAUCCUUAUUAAAAGCUCCAUCCAUAUACAAUCAAAAAAAACCAGUUGAUCGUUAUUGUUAUUUGUAUUAUCCGCCCGUCAACGAUUCCAUAUGGGCCAAAAGAUGUGUCACAGAAUUGAAUAAGCGAUAG